UUUAGAUGCCUUAUGAGCAAGAAUUUUGUUUCAAGCUUCAUUUGACAAACCAAGUACAAGGUAUGGAGUGUCUGUUUUGAUAAAGGAUUGGCAUGCUAUAUGAUUUUCUGAUUUUGGUGCAGUACAGGAUGGCAAUCUGAGGGUUUUCAAGUGGCCUAGCAUGAAAAUUAUUCUCAAUGAGACUAAGGCUUAUUCAACAGUAAAAGACUUACAUUUCAGCUCUGAUGGUAAACUGCUUGUCUCUUUAGGAAGUGGUGGCCCGUGCAGAGUUUGGGAUGUUUCCUUAUCAACGGUCCUAACUUCCAUGUCAAGUAAAAAUGGUGAGGUUUUUAGCUCUUGCAGAUUUUCUCGAUUUAACGAUAGGACCCAUGUCUUGUAUAUUGCUGCCAUGACAGACAAAGGCGGGAGCAUUCUGACAUUGGAUGCAAAAACUGGGGCAAGGAUUGGUUCGAAGCAUAUUAUUCGUGAUGCAAUCUCUGCAUUUAAUGUCUCAACUGAUGGAAAGUUAGUUGCAUGUGGAACACCUUCAGGAGACAUUGUGAUCGUGAAUUCGACAAAUAUGCAGAUUCUUUCAAUCAUUAAAAAGGCUCACCUUGGCAUAGUAACUGCGUUAGCUUUCUCCAACGAUUCAAGGGUGUUGGCUUCUGUAUCCUUUGAUUCAAGUGCAAGGGUUACUGUAAUUGAGGAGAAGCAGAAAAGUGGAGGAUUGAGCUUAUGGAUUGCUGUACUCAUCAUCAUACUCGCAAUAGCUGCCUACUUCCUGAGACCUCAAGGCAUUGACAAGUUGGGGUUAUCUUUUCUUCGAAAUUGACCUGUAAUGUUAGCUAAAAAGGUCUGUAAAUGUAACAGCAUGGUUUCUAUGCAUGUUUGAUUUUGGGGAUGUAGAUAUCUUUUUGAGUUCACAUCAUAUUGAGUGAUGUACUUCAGAACUCCCUUAACUUGUUUAUAGGUAAUAACAUAAUCAGAAUUAUCACUUACAAUUGUUAAA